AUGGCGAACCAAACUCCCGCCGUUGUCAUGGACAACGGCACGGGCUUUUCCAAGCUUGGUUUUGCUGGAAAUGAUUCCCCGUCCUUUGUCUUCCCGACUGCCAUUGCGACCAAGGGCCCCGCUGCUGGAGGCGGCGGCUCCGGCUCUGGCCGUCCUGCUGUCGGCAACAAGCCCUCGUUCCUCACGGGAGGCGCUGGCCCUGCCAGUAACCAUCUAAGCUCAAAGCGCGGUACUGAGGAUCUCGAUUUCUUCAUCGGCGACGAGGCAACUAGCGCUGCUGCCGGCCCUGGAUACGGUCUUCACUACCCUAUCCGCCAUGGACAGAUUGAGAAUUGGGACCACAUGGAACGCUUCUGGUCCAACUCCAUCUUCAAAUAUCUGCGCGUCGAGCCCGAGGACCACUACUUCCUCCUCACCGAACCUCCGCUGAACCCCCCAGAGAACCGAGAAAAUACCGCCGAGAUCUUCUUCGAGUCCUUUAACUGCGCGGGCAUGUACAUUGCCGUCCAGGCCGUCCUCGCGCUUGCGGCCUCUUGGACUUCCUCCAAGGUAACCGACCGCUCACUUACCGGUACUGUUAUCGACUCUGGUGACGGUGUCACUCACGUUAUUCCCGUUGCCGAAGGAUACGUCAUCGGAUCUUCGAUCAAGUCCAUCCCCAUCGCUGGCCGAGACAUAACCUACUUUGUGCAGUCGCUACUACGAGAUCGCGGCGAAGCCGACUCAUCCCUCAAAACCGCUCAAGAAAUCAAGGAGUCGUACUGCUACGUCUGUCCCGAUAUCGUCAAGGAGUUUGCCAAGUACGACCGGGAUCGCAGCCGUUUCCUGAAGCACACCGUGUCGCUUCCAGGUGGUCGUCAAGUCGGCGUUGACGUUGGCUAUGAGCGUUUCCUGGCCCCUGAGAUCUUCUUUAACCCUGAAAUCUAUAGCUCCGACUUUCUCACCCCUCUCCCCGUCGUCGUCGAUGGCGUUAUUCAGCAGUCGCCCAUUGACGUGCGCCGCGGCUUGUACAAGAACAUUGUCUUGUCCGGCGGUAGCACUUUGUACAAGGACUUUGGAAGGCGUUUACAAAGAGAUAUCAAGCUCAUGGUGGACGACCGCAUUCGUGCCAGUGAGCUCCGUAGCGGUGGUGCUCGCAGCGGUGGUCUCGACGUGCAGGUCAUUAGCCACAAGCGUCAACGCCACGGACCCUGGUUCGGAGGUAGUCUGCUCGGCCAAACGCCCGAGUUUCGUUCAUACUGCCAUACCAAGGCCGAAUACCAAGAAUACGGCCCCAGCAUUGUGCGCAGAUUCCAGCUCCUCGGCGGUCCAGGAGGCUCCUAA